GUGAGAGCCGAGUCAUGUGACCUCUCACAGCUUGUUGGAGUCUGCGGGGAAAGUAUGGCGCUCACUGUGGUUUGGUUAUUCACCACAGUUUUUACUUGCGUUCACUUAUCGGUUUUACUCGAAGAGGAAUAUCGAUUCAAACAGUGGAUGUCAGAGCACAAUAAAGUGUAUGACACUGAGGAGUAUUACCGACGGUUCCACGUGUUCACUGAGAAUAAGAAGACAAUUGAUCGACAUAAUGCUGGGAACCACACUUUCACAAUGGGCCUGAAUCAGUUCUCAGACAUGACAUUUGAGGAAUUCAGGAAAUUAUUUCUUUUGACAGAGCCGCAGAACUGCUCAGCCACUAAAGGGGGUCAUGUCAGCAGGACUGGUCCUUACCCCGAGUUUGUAGACUGGAGGAUGAAACAAAAAAACUUUGUGACUGCCGUGAAGAACCAGGGUCACUGUGGCAGCUGCUGGACCUUCUCUACCACUGGCUGUUUGGAGUCAGUGAAUGCUAUCGCUACCGGGAAGCUAAUACCUCUGUCUGAGCAGCAGCUGAUAGACUGUGCCAAAGACUUCAACAAUCAUGGAUGCUUGGGUGGUCUCCCCAGUCAGGCAUUUGAGUACAUCAAAUACAACAAAGGUCUUAUGACAGAGGAGGACUAUCCCUACAAAGGCCAUGAUGACUCUUGCCAUUUUGAGCCUGCACUUGCAGCUGCUUUUGUCCUGGAUACUAUGAACAUAACAAGUUAUGAUGAAAAGGCCAUGGUUGAUGCUGUGGCCCGGCUUAACCCUGUGUCCUUUGCCUUUGAGGUAUCGGCUGAUUUUGUGCACUAUAAAGAAGGUGUUUACACCAGCACCCAGUGUAAGAACACGGCAGACAAGGUGAAUCACGCAGUCCUGGCUGUGGGUUACGGCGCUGAAGAAAACGACACACCAUAUUGGAUUGUGAAGAACUCUUGGGGCACAGCCUGGGGUAUUGAUGGAUAUUUUUUGAUUGAGCGGGGAAAAAACAUGUGUGGACUGGCUGUAUGUUCUUCAUACCCUCUACCUUUAGUUUGACUGAAAUAAUUCAUGAAAAUAUCAUCCAGAGACAGCAUCAGUGGAGUCAACGUAAUGGGAAGUUUGUGCUUUCAUGUUCCCUGAAGUGUUUUAUGUAGAAGUUUGAUUUCAAUACAAUAACAAUAUGUACAAUAUCAUCCUGUAUUGUGAAUAAAUACCACCAACACAUGCAUACUAAUUUAACAUCAGUAAAAGUUCAACACUGUAUUUUAUACCAACUUUUCUAGGAAAUAUGUUUCUUAUGAUCACAACCACACAUGUUCAGAGUUACCCAAUAACCACAUUCUUGUACAUUUAGCUGUGGUUCAUGCCCACUGGAUCACAUGCAUACACAAUUACAUCUAAAGAGAACAUUGAGCUUGAACUUUAGUAAGUCUCUUGCUAAACAUGUUGAAGUGCACGUGCCGGAGAAUGUGGGCUAAACAGGCCAGCUAUUACAGUACUAUCAAUCGGUUUGUGUUGCUUGAGAAUUUAAGUUUAUUCUGACAACUCAGAUUUUCCCUUUAGUCUGUCUCAUAAUGUCCAAUUGGUUGUUCAGUAAACUGGAUCAUUGAAGCAAAUCAGACUCAGUCAGAUUACAUAUCAGGUGCAUCUGUAUAAGUAUUUUUCCCCCAUGUUUAAAAGAAUAAAAAGAUAAUGGUAACAAGUGGCAGAAUUGUCCUUAAUGGGUUUACCAUAUGUAUUUUGUAUACAGUGUGUUCCAAUUUGUUAUAAACAUUAAAUCUUUGUGUGCCCCAAUCUUAA